AUGCCUCGUUGUUAUUACGAAGUCCUUGAAGUGGAAAGAGACGCCAGCGACGACGAGAUCAAGAAAACGUAUAGAAAACUUGCUUUGAAAUGGCACCCUGAUAAAAACGAUAAUUCUGAAGAAAGCACAAGAAUAUUCACAGAGAUUCAGCAGGCUUAUGAGGUACUCAUCGAUCCGCAAGAGCGAGCUUGGUAUGACAAACACAGAGAGCAAAUUAUCCGUGGAGGAGAUGACUAUGUAGAUAACAGCAUAAACUUGAUGAAAUAUUUCAGUGCCUCGGUGUUUUGCGGGUACGGGGACGAUGAGCAAGGAUUUUAUGCAGUUUAUGCAAACGUUUUUAGAAUUAUAGCUGAAGAAGAUACUGAGUUUGCCACUGACAGCAAUCUAGAAGUUCCAGAGUUUGGAACAUCUUCGAGUGAUUAUGAGGAAGUCGUCCAGCCUUUUUAUGCAUAUUGGCAGAGCUAUGCGACGCUGAAAUCUUACGUUUGGGUGGAGAAAUACGACAUCAGAGAUGCCCCUAACCGACGAGUCCAGCGACUGAUGGAGAAAGAUAACAAGAAAUUAAGAGAUGCGGCCAAGAAGGAAAGAAAUGAAGAAGUACGCGCUUUAGUAAAGUUUGUUCGCAAACGGGACAGACGUGUCAAGGCAUACCUAGAACUUUUGAAAGAAAAAGAUGAAGAAAGAAAGAGACUAACGGAGAAAAAGCGACAGGAAGCCUUGCUAGAGCGAGAGAAGAUGUUUGAAGAGUACAAAGAAAAAAGCUGGGCUUCGCUGUCUGGGCUCGAGGAGGACUUGGCCCAAAUGAAUUUGCAUUUGGACAGUGAAUUUGGUAAGGAUGAUGACGUCAAUGACAGCCAAUCGGAUGACGAGGAAGAGGAGCAGUAUUAUUGCGUGGCUUGUGAUAAAGCUUUCAAAACAGAGAAGGCUCUUGGAAAUCACGAGAAGUCGCGUAAACAUAAAGAUAAGGUUGCUGCUAUCAAGCGAGAAAUGGCAGAUGAACAAGUAGAGGAUCUCGGCUUUGAGUUGGUGGACGACAUAGAGCCAUACGAAGCUGAGUAUCUGAAGAAGAGGCAUUCUUGUGUUGAAGAGAAUAGUGGGGAUUUUGUGAGCGUUGGAGAGCUAAAUCUAAUGGAUUCCAUUGAACUAUCCACGAUGAGAAUCAAAGGAAACAAUCGUUAUAAAGUGAAAGUACUGCAUGAAAGAGGUAGAGCUCUGUCAGGGAUUGGGGAGGCGGACUUGGAGGCCAGCUUGGACGAAAGAACUGACAAAGAUAAGGGAGAUGCUGACAGACAAGUGGGUGAUGAUGACGAGUUUAUCUCGGGAGAGGUAGAUGACAAGGAAGAGAGCGAAAAGGGUGGAAAUGCUGAUGGGGGAGAUAGCGCCGAGGUUAACGAUUGUGGACAAAAUAAAGAAAACUUCCACGACAAACAAUCUGAGCAGGUUGCUAAUGACGAUAAUGAGAAAAGAAAAUCAUCACCAACAAAUCAAAAGCCUGUUUCGGAGAACUCCAAGUCUGCGACGAACGCAUUCAAGUGUAAUGUUUGUCAAGCGGGAUUUCCAACACGAAAUAAGAUGUUCCAACACAUCAAGGAGCGCGGACAUGCACUUAAAGUGGACGCAAAACACGAAGGUGAUAAACCACAGAAACAGGAGAAGAAGAAAGGGAAAAAGAAACGUUGAACGCAGAUCAUUUUUUUAACACAAAUGCAAAGAAUGCCACCGUUUUAGAACAUUAUAAUGACGUUUUAUUAGUUCUGAGUGGUGGUCGUUUCUCCUUUUAAGGAUCUUUCGGGUUCGCUGCAUCCGGCGGUACAACAGCAAUAUAUAAUUAAACUACUUAAGACGACAUGUAUCGUCCCAAAUCAACCCUAGAAAGCCGAUCUGUUUUAUUGGCGUUCUUUCCUGCAUGUAUUCUAACAGUUUAAUCCGCCAUAAUUCCCAACGAUAACUCUAUAGUAAUCAGAAGAUGUUUAUAUACAGUCUACGGGCUGCCAAUGAACUGAAGACAAAGCAACAGGCCUUGUCAAUCCAACGCACUUUGCUUGCUUCAGGUAUACGCAAACUGUAGCGCCGCAAAUAUCCGGACACACAUCAAAUAACCAAAUUAAUUAUAUUGUCUCUUGGACUAAUUGCGAAAUUCCAUUGUUUCUGAAUGUUUUAUGAAGAUUAAGAAAGUAUGCAUAUUUUAUUUAAUAAAUUAUUUAUGUACGAUUGUCGCUGCCUCUUUUCUUAACUCAACCUUGCAAUAUCGUGACUGCGUGACUUACGCUCGAGCGCCUUCACCCACGAUUAUGACGCUACAUCCGGCUGAUCGUAGGAUAGAAAACGUAAUUUGUGGUGCCAGUAUUUUUGUUCCGUGGCUUGUUGCAUGCACUGCCGUCACUAUGGUAAAAUAAACAUUUGUUGUUGUUCUGAUAAUCUACAGUUAUCAAAUUAAAUUUAACCAGAAUUGUAGCCAAAGAAAUCUCAUGGCGUUUUUGUUAGCUGGCUGUAUGUAACUAACCGAUAAUUAACUGACCUUUGCUUCGAUGAUAAUUCGCUCGGAGAAGAGAUUGACGUUCGAUUUACUAAGAAAACAAAAGGGCAUUAAUGGAAUUUGGUAAAUAAACGUUUUGUUCUGAAUAACUUCAACCUUUCCCUCUUUAAUAUCCAACUGUUAGGGCAAGAUUUUGUCACCCUAACUUUUAACUCUGAACGAAAUCUAGCCGCGUUGUAGCCGGUCCACGCAUCUUCAAGGCAAACGAAAUCCUAUGGUGCUGCUACAAUUCAAAUGGAACCUCUCUAUUGAAAGUUUUGAAUCGUAAAGGUUUAUUAGCUUAGCAUUUUUAUUUAUUUUUUUUUGUCAAAAAUUUCUGUGGAUACCAUAAGGAGCGGAAGGGAAUAGCAAACAAGAGAGAAUGAGCCCUCUUUAUACAAUGAAACCUCGAUAUAUAAACGAACCUCUAUAUAACGAAAUCCUCGGUAUAACGAACGAUUUUCUUGAUCCCAGUACUAGUAAAGACAGUAAAAUAUAUGAAAAAGAAGCUCGAUAUUACGAAACCUCUUUAUAGCGAACAGAUUUUGCUAGUCCCGUGAGCUUUCUUAUAUCGCGGUUUCACUGUAUCAAUUCUUUGGGGCUUGGCCUCGCGUCUCCUUUCGCGUGCGGCUGUCGCGUGAUUUUUCGCGCGCAACUCCCCCGGUCCAAAUGGAGAGCUUGUGUCUACGCUAUGCCGGAUAGCUCUGACGCCAGCACGACAGGCAUAUAUCGUGAUCAGAUAGGGCGUUUGUUCGCACUUGAGAACGAUGAUUUCGGCCUUACGAUUCGACAACGGCGACGUCCAUGAAAACGUCGCUGAACUGAAUAGACCUUGCAUCCUUUUUAAACUUUUUCGCGAUUAUUCCAAUUCGCCCUAUUACUUAAAAGAAGGGAAUUUUGGUUGGAGCUGAAGAGAGGGGACCGCGCCCUAAUUCAGACAGAGAUGGUUGAAUUUAUCGACUUGCCGUUCUCGUUCUCAAGUAAACUUAAAAUAUGGUCAUUUCACGUCGUAGUUGUGUAGCCGGACAGCAAAGAAAUGUGCAAAAAAGCGUGAUGCACGUGCAGAGUUGUUGUUUUGCUCAUAAACCUAUUGCUUUUUGGACGUUCUCCUUGCAAUCGCCGUGGUAGUUUGGUAAGGUCCGUAUUAACGGAGCGAAACGGUGGCGGACGGCGGCGGCCUAUUUCAGUUUGACUUGCUCCAAAUCUUCUCUCAGUCCUUUAGAAUUCAACUCAAAAACAAAAAAUCGCUAACAUUUGACGAAUUAAACGAGAUGGAAUAAGCGCGAUCAAGUUUGAGGAAGAGCAAAUUCACUUUUAAAGUCACGUUUUGUAGGGGUUAGCGAUCACUGGUCACCACGUGACUCAAUCUGAACACUAUGUUUGCUGUAUGUACUGCGCGACUCAAAGUUUGAGUAAAAUUUCUGGAGACACUAAAUGACACUGCUCGUAUAAAUGAGCUCCGCCAAAAUUGUACGCGAAUAAGUUGAUGUUUUUCUAAAUAAUACAGACCUGUUCCCGCUAAUUGACCUCCUGUGGUUCGACUCGUAUGAGCAAUCACUAUCCAGUAGUGGCAAUUUGGGUGGUCGCUUGCGAGACUUUCGACUGUAGUUCGAAAGAAGCCUGUAAAAAAAGUUUCUUUUGCAGUUUAAUUUCGAUGUCAAAUCAAAGGGUAUGCGUAUUUGCCGCUCCCCUCCUCCUUCAGCCAAUUUUGCAGCAAUUGGACCUAGUUUAUCACGCGACAACCACUUGAAAAAACAACAGCAACAACACAUUGUGUACAUCUUAUUUAGCCCACAAAGUGCCGAAAAUGUGCCCCUUUACUCUAGUAACUCAAUAGCCUAUGUUAGCCUGCCUUAAGUUACUGGCGGCGUUUUGUUGCGGAGGAGCUAACCUGCAAAACGGGCAGUUUAUGAGCAAAGCGAGGCGAAUGCUGUAUUUCGCGCGAAGCGUGAGACGAGGUUAGGAGAAGAAAUAAAAGGGGCAAAGCAAGGGAGCGCUAAUAGGCAGCGAAACGAAGCGUCCCUACCCUGGGUACCACAGGUUUUUCUCGCGUGCGGCGAGAAUUUUCGGUGUUGGCCGAAGGCCGAGGCCACGCGCGGCGAAGCGCUGCUCACGGUUACCGGUCGUUUCGAUACAAGUUUGUUCAGUCGAGUUGAAAGAAAAAAAGAAUACCCACCCAAAAUGUUUUUAUUGUUCCAACUGCAUACGAAUGAAGUGAAAGAAAGUUUUGUGCAAUUUCACUGCUUGUGUUCGUCUCGAAACGACCGGUUUCCUUGCUCACAUGAUAUUCCCUUCUCGGGAAAGUGCGGUCACUUACUGGUUCACACUUUCGACAGAAUGACAUAACAUAACGACACAACAUUUAAAUGUUGCUUAUGUCGCUAAUGUGAACAUCAACACUGACGACAUUACCGUCAGUAAAAAAAGAAAAAAAAUUAGAGGGCCGAGAAGACUCUCCUGGGUUUGUUCCCUUUAUAUUGCUUCUUUUACAGAGACGACGAUGCCAACAAAACAGGGGCACCCAACGAGGAUAUAAUUCAAAACCACUAACAUAGCAUUGUUGAACGUAUUUUAGUAUUUAAACGGUAGGUAUAGGCAUAUUUUUAUCCCCUAAAAACUUUUCAUCUGUUCGGAUUUCCUAGCUGAAAGUCUAGUGAUCCGAAAAUUAUAGGGAUCAAAACUUACCUUUUCGAAAAUUUCAGCUAGGAAAAGGCUCCCGAAAAUUCUAGGUGGCCUUUUUCAGGGUAAAUAUCCGUUUAAAAUGGGUAAUUAUACCAUUUUGUAGAUGUUCGAAAAUCCUAGGAGAGGCAGGUAAGCAAGAAAUUUUACAACAAAUGUUCCAAAAAUUCUAGUUCUCAAAUCGUCUUCUGAACAGAUAUUUCCCGAAAAUGGCCGUUGGGUGCCCCCGACAAAAGCUUCAAAACAUUCUGUAGACCGUCAGACGUUUUUUGUUGUUGUUGUUGUUUUUGGAUUAUUCUUUAUUUUGUGGUCUUUAAGAACGAGAAAAACAUAACAGCAGAAAAGAUCAGUUUUUCCCUUUAUGUCGUUUUGCUGUUAUAAUAGCGACUUUAAGAUCCAACAACGUGACACCAACAAGAACGUCACUUAAAAAGUGGAUUUGCGUUCGGUUAGUCUUUAUAGCGAUUAUUACUACCCACUUACUUUGUCGAAUGUAGGCGAGCCCUUCUGAAGCUGAAUUUCAAGAGACCAUAUCCAAGCUCAGAAAGAGAAGUAAUAUUUCGUCGUUGCUUGUUUACGCCCUCGAUAAAACGCGAAAUUAGGUAUUUUCACGUCGUAGUCGUGCAAAAACGGGAAAGAAAUAGACAAAAAAGUGUGAUGCACGUGCGAAGUUGUUGUUUUGGUUAUAAUACCCAUUGUUUUUUUGACGUUCUCGUUGCCGUCCGCGUCGUUGGAUCUUAAAGUCCCUAAUGUCUUUAAGUCAACAUGUUCACACUACAAACAUAACGACAGAACCAUCUUCUUAUGCCGCUACGUUUCUGUCGUAAUGUCGUUUGUCCCCAGUGCGAACCAGCGAAAGGGCAUUUAACAAGGUAAACUUAAAACUGGGGAUUGAAAUUCUGAAAAUUCCACGUAGCGAAUGGAAUGGAACUUCAGUGUACACAUAUUGAUUAAAGUAGACCAAAUCCAUACGUAGUGCUAAACAUCCCGGUCGCAUUGAUAAGGACCUUUCCUUUUUGAUUUCCUUUUAACAAUAAGUGUGUGUCUGAUAUUAGUCCAGAAGGGGGACUCGCUUGUAUGAGCCGCAUAGGUAUGUACCGCCCCAAAGGGUAAGGUUUUUUGCGCCGUUCUAGUCUGAAAACAGGUAUAGACCAGGGGCGGAUCUAGGGGGAGGGUGCAGGGGGUGCGCACGCCCCCCCCUGAGAUGACCAGCGGUUUUCUAAUACAACUGGUAUUCUGCCAAAAAAAAACUAUGUGGUUUAUGGUGUUGAAGUAGAGCAAGAGACGAGUGCACCUCCUCCUAAAAAAAAUCCUGGAUCCGCCCCUGUAGACUUUACCCAUUUUGGUCUGGCAUCGGGUAUGGUUUUCGAGCGAACUACAGGAGUUUAUAAACGAAUUUAUCAUUUCAAUUCCAAACGAGAAAAACAGAAAGAGAAAUCCGCGAAUUUGAAAUGGAUUUUAAGAAAUCAUUUUUGUUGGUGUUCUGAUCUAGGUAAGGAGGACAUAAUUUCGUAGAGGCCAGGUCUGAAAACGGGUGUAAAAAAUGACAUUUCUUGGUCUAAAAUAGGGUCAGGAUUUGGAGAAGCGGGAGACAUACUCCCACCAAGAAUUCCCAGGAGUACCCCCCCCCCCCGGGAUAUUAGAAGAUGGGACUACGUGGAAGAAAUCUUGCCCCAAACGCUAUAGCCAAUUUGCAUUUAAUUUUUGGAAUUACGUUAAUAAACUUGGUCAAGAAUUUUGUUGAACCAGCAACAAACUGCAUCAAUGCUUGAUUGAGUUAAUUCGUUUAUUCUACUUAUAACAUUAUUACAGCUAGUUCCACUUCACUCUUCUAAGGACAAAAAUUUCUCCCAAAGUAAACAUGACUACCAACCUAUGCAGCUAUUCAAAGGCUAUAUACUUAUGAGGUAUAAGUAAAUUUAUACAAAACAUACUUUCUUAAUUCUUUCAACAUGUUAAGAGGAGAUACAAAUAAAGUGCAAAAUUCAUACAGUUGAAGUUCUCAAAGAGCCAAGUCUCACAAAAUAAGGGCUUUCUUGAAAAAAAAAAAACCCUGCAUGAAAACAUCAGUGGGAGAAUUUCACUCUUCCAUAUACAAAAAUCAUUCCUGCAAGUGGCUACCUCAUUGGGCAGAAGCUUUUUCUCCUACUUAAAAGGGCUUCAACUGUAUGAAAGUGGAGGGUUUCAGUUCUCGUCAGCAUGCAACUUGUUCUUAUGACAGUCCCAUUUCCUCCAGUGUUCGCUGUAGCUCACCCUCCUGUCAAACAAACAAAACCAUAUGAAGCACAACAAUGUUCUCUGCUUUUUAAAACUUGAUUUAAAAAUCAAGACUGAUUCUCAGGUCUCCCAUUCCUCCUGGCCCACACAGAAAGACAAGUGUCUUGGGAUAUGACAAGGUAAGAGGAAAGCACCAACUUGAAGAACCUGAGAAAACAGCCAACACUUUGUGAUGCCACCACUGGUUUUUCCCACAAAAUGAUGAUUGAGAAAUGAGCGCAGAAAUUCCAUACUGAUGAGGUGUUACUACCAAGAACUGGGUAGUCUUUCUGAUGGUUAAAUCAAAGACUCGUGGCAUGACUAAUCAUAAGCACUACCCAGAUCUGGGUAGUGCCGCAUCAUCAUUAUGGGAUUUCUGUGCACAUUCCUCUUACGUAAUUUCAUGGGGAAACCAGUGGUAGCAUCGCAAUAUAGGCAGAUUUCUAAGGUCUCGUGUAGCUUCCCCCUUCCCUCUUUAUCCUUGAACUAAUCAUGUUGCCUGUAAGCAGUUUCUCUAACAGCCAGCUCACUUAUGCCCUGGCAUGUAUAUCUCACUUCUUCUUUUCAAAGUGAGCAAAGAGGAAAUGUAAAUUAACAUUAAAUCAUUUCGUUUCCCUGACGUUCCACAAAUAGCAGUCUCUAAUAGUCUGUUAGAAGCUACCACAUGUUCUCAGCCAUAAGAGAACUGGCUAGAGCUAUUUUGACUUUCAAAACAGACAAAUGUGAGUACUAAUUACAAAUCAGGAGUGCAUCCAACAAGGCACAGUCAUGGUGAGAGCUUCGAAGUGGGGAAAAAUAUAGUUAUUAGUUCUCAGUAAAAAAAAGUGCCUGAAGAAAAAUUAUGUGGGGCAGCAAAAUUGCUGUCAAAUACAGAGGACGGUUCACAAAAGGAAACAAUUAAGCCUGUGCCCUUUGGACGCAAUUAAGAUUCAGGUCUGUAAUUAGUAAAUUAAGAGCUAAAUUUGUAGCACAUGUUCAUCUGAAUUCGUAAGGUAAACUUGCAUAUUAGUCACAAAAGCAAUAAAACUCUUUAAGAUGUUACCACGUGAAGCGCGAGCAGCGGAACACUAUGGAUAAGAAAAUCUGUUUAUCUAUGCAUCCAAGAAAUUUUGGUUCUGAUAAAAUCAUCUGUAUGUAAUACGUCCAACGUCUGUCUGUACGUACCUCCACCCCUUCAUGUAAGCUGGGGUGAAAUGUUGCAUUUCAAGCACCCUGCGUGUUUCAGUGGUAACUCGCAUGGCCACCCAGACUUUACGGGUAUUUCCACUGCCGUGUAAUUUUUUGUACAAUUUAAGUGCGUAAAUGAAAUAGAGACAAUGUAUGAAAGGCAACGCAUAAACGUGAAAAUUGAGUGAGGUUCAACUUUUACGUUUAUGCGUGACCUUCCAUACAUUGUCUCUACUUUAUUUACACACAUAAAAUAUGUGUGCAUAUGCACGAAAAAAUUAAGCGACAGUACAAAUCAACCGUAAGAGAGAAAAAAACAACAACAAAGCCAGGUCUUUCUUUUAACUAACUUUUAAUGUCUAAAUUAAUGUGGAAAACAGAGAAAGAGCUAAAACGAGAAAUAAAAAAACAACUUCAGAACAAUUUUGUUGGAAGAAAAACAUGAAAAUUUUAUAGUGGUGGUGAGAAAAUGAGAAAUGCUAGCGGCCACCAAGGUGAAAAUAAGUGACAGUGAAAAACAAAAGGUAACAGGAACACAUGAAACAUUUCCUCCAUAAAAUGUAUAACUAGGAAGUUUCUGGAAGUUUCACAUUGUAGUUGUGCAACACACCGCCAAAGAAAUGUACAAAAAAAGUGUACUGCACAUGCAAAGCCGUUUCUUGCUAAUUAGACCUAUAAAUUGUUGUUGUUUUUUACCAUUCUUGUUAUCUUCACCGUUGCUUUAGCAUUACACAAUUUUAUAUUUUGUUGAGUAAACCAUAAAUAUUAAAGAGAGCUUAGCUUUAGCCCUGGCUAAAUCUAUAUAUUACUCUGAGGUUUUUUUUUAACAACAUUAAUGUAAAUAUACAUUUUUUUUUCAUUUAUUUAUAAAUUUACUGAUAUUGACUUUAUUUUUUGUAUUUUUUCUAUUUCCCACUGUUUUAGUUUAUUUACAUUCAUCAAGGAGUCGUUCAUUCCUGGUUAAUUUAAUAGUUUUAUAGUAUUUGAUGAAAAACUCAUAUCUUGUUCUAGGUCAGGAGAGUUGUACAAUAAACCUUUGUUCGAAUAGAAAACAGACAAUCAGAAAACAGCAACAUAAAAUGUUGAUGGCAUUUAAGUGAUGUAGUGACCUAAGAGGUUACGCAUCAACUGCACCAAACGGUGGCGAAUCCAGACCUUCAGAUAAGGGCGCGGCCUGGUCAUGCAUACAGACCCCGAGAUAAGGGGGGCGGGAUGGCCUCAAAAAAAUUUCUUGUUGGCCCUUUGGGCCUCAGUUUGGUCUAAAAAUAGGGGGGGCCUGGGGGCUCUCCCCUCGAUCCGCCACUGCCAAAUAAACCUAGAGUCAAUUUAAUAAAACCUUGCUAUAAUAUUACAAGUCUAAUUUACAAGUGUAGCUAUUGUUUUUAGACACUAAAACAACAGGCACACUUGUAAAUUACACUUGUCAAAGAUUUAGAAUAUUGACCCCUGGGUUUAUGCAUAAUUUACUUGACAACAAAUGUCAUGUUCGACUUUAUUGCUGUUUCUUGUUUGUCUAUGUAUUAUCAAACCCAUGCAAAUAAGAAUACAGAGUUAGUCCAAAGCAACAAGGUUUUCUCCUUGGUCUGCAGAAAUGAAGAUAGUGGAGCAAGAUGUUGAAGAAGGAUUUCUAACAAGAAGUAGAUCAGGCCAAGCCCAUUUCUUCCAGCGUUCGCUGGAGCUCAGCUUCCUGCAGAAGAAAAAUGAGAUGGAGAGGUACAAACAGUGA